AAUUGUAUCAUUCUUUGUAGCCCGUCAUUAACCUUCUCAGGUUCCGAUGCUAAAAUUAAAUUUUGAACUACGGACCUUCACCGUAUAUUUGUAGUUUUUCUUACUCAUGGAGAUACCAAAAGCGAAAGUUUUUAUUUACGCCUUGACUUUUGUCGGCUACAUCUGGAGCGGCUACGGGAACAACGUGCUAUCAAGUUUGAGAGAGGCGGUCUUGGCCGCUGAAAACGUUUUCGGCAACUUCCUUUUAAAGUUCGACGAGGUGGUCAGCAAGCUCAAGAAUGUUCAUGACACCAUAGACUCGUCUCUGGACGAAGAUUGUCUCUGGAAUUGUCCUAAUGGUGUCACUGCUGUCAGUAACAAAUAUUCAAAGCCAGUCACAAAUGGGUGUGGACCAGAAGGGUUAAAUGUAAAUGUUGAUGCACCAUUUUAUAAUGAUAUGGUGAAGUGCUGUAACACUCAUGAUGUAUGUUAUGGGACUUGUAAUACACUCAAAGAAAAAUGUGAUUUAACUUUCAAAAGGUGUCUGUACAGCACCUGUGAAAAUAAAAAUCUAGAUAGUUUAGUGCUAAAAGCUUGUAAAGGUGCAGCGAAAGUGCUAUUCACAGCCACACAGUCCAUUGGUUGUAAAUUUUUUAAGGAUGCUCAGAGUGCAGCUUGCUACUGUCCAACACCUAAAAAGAAGAAGUAUGCUGCUGGAGAGUUGUAGUUAAGUAGUGAGUUUGAUAAAGACGCUCAAUGUUUUUAAUUCUUACAUGCUUGUAAGGAUGUUACCUAUGUGUUUUGAAAAACGAGUUUCACCAUGAUUGUUAUAUUGUUUUCAAUUUUUAGAUUAUAUUUUCUGGUCAAUGUGAUUAUAUAUAGGAAUGUUAGUAAAAGUGUUCAAGAAGACUGACAAUUUGUUUUGAGAUUAGUGAUUAAUAUUUUGAAUAUUAUAUUAAUCCAAAUGUUAUAUUUGAAUAUUAAUAAUAUAUUUAGCAGUCAUAAUUGACCUAUUUUAAUUAUUUUAAUUAAUUACAUUUUUAUCUAAAGUCUUGGUUGAGAUGAAAAAGCGGGAUUAUUAUCACUUCAGUAACUUAAAAGUCAUGAUAGCGUAAGUGGUUGAAGCGCGGCAAAGCUGAAGGCUGUGGGUUCGAAUCCGACUCAUGACAAUAACUUUUUCAGCUCAAUCAAGACUUUAGUUAAGUAUAAUUAAUUUUGAAUAUUGUAGUUUGGUCAUUACCGAUCAUCCUGCUCUGCAGGUGUAUUUCAGCCAUGAGUAAGACACUGAAUAUGGUGAAAUACGGAAAUGCCUCAGGUAGAUCAAAACGAUAAAUAACAACCAAAGAACAAAUUUAUCAACCCCAGAUCACACGAGACUCACAAUUUUGAACAUUUCUAAACACUACUGUUUAAAUAAUCACAGUGACAUUUUUGUCCUAGCAAGAAUUAAGUCCUAACUCAAAUUAAAAAAUUUCUGUUAAAUAAAAUGAAUUUGCAUUCAUAAUAACACACUAAAACUAGAAAUAUUGUGAUAUUUGAAAUAGGUUGUUUGUAAUAUUGUAAAAAUACAGUAAUAUAUUU